CUUAAUUACCUACCUAGAUAAUUCCGUAGGUAAUAUUGUACCUACAUUUAGCUUAGCACAAAGGUCAUGCAACACAACAUAUUAACCCGCCAAACAAUAAUCGGAAUAGUUUAUAUAAUAGUAAGGUAAAGUCGGGUAAUUUAAAAUAAACAUGAAAAUACGUAUAUUAUCAUAUAUGUUGUUUGUGUGUGCGUGUGUGUCGGUCCCACCAUUAUCUUCAAUGUCCACUGAAAAAUUUUAUACAAUUGAGUUAAAUUAGAUAUUGAGAUAUUUGUUAUUUAAUAUUUUAAUAGGAUAGGUUAUAGUAUAACAGGAAACACGCGCUCGAAUAUUAAACGCAGAAUUGUUAUGGACGGUUCUGAAAUAAAUUGAAUCAUUUUAUUGUCUACACCAUCAGAAUAUUAAGUGUUUAUACCUUGUAGUAAUAUAGUGCGAUUUGUAUGAUUUAAUUUCAGUUCAAAAGUAUAAUAAUGUCGGUUCUUGAUGAAUAAGUAUCGAAUUAAUAUUCAGAAUGAUAAAACAUAAAGAUACCAUAAUUCCAGCCAGUGAAGUUGUUGAAUGUAUUGUGAAGAAAUGCUAUAAUGACCAGAACAAAAGAAAAAUAAAAACAUCUAAUAAAUGGAGAAAAUCAAGAAUACACAAUUAUGAAAAUCGAAAUUCUAUUGAAAUGGAUAAAGUAAAUACAAAAAUAAAAAAAUGUGAUACGCAAUUGCCACUUCAGCAAUAUCAUCAAAAUAAACCAUCAUUAUCGGUUAAAGGCUAUAAAUAUAGACAUCACGUUAAUGAUCAAUUCUAUAUAAAUAAAAAUAAUAUUUGUGAUAACCAUUUACAAUCAGAACAAUCAUCACCAAAAUGUGAUAUGUCUGAAAAAUGAGGACCAUAUAAAAAAUAAUAAUAUAUACAAUUUGGAAAAUACAAACAUUGAUAAUAGUGAACAUGAGGCUAAAA